CGCAUCGCAUCGCAUCGCUUCCCGCGCCGCGCGCACCACCACCGAAUCCAGCCAACUCGCAUUGCCACUGCCAGACGCCCUCUCCGUCCUUAUAAAACCCCCGGAGCCACAUGCCACGAGCCCACGACCACCAGCAGCUGCAGCUUCGUUCAUCCCAUCCGCCAGUCGACACAGCGCCCAACCACGGCAGCCGCUCGAGAUCGCGGCCGUGCCCGCUGCGUGCCAGUGCCCACGAGCGUUCGAGCCGACAAUCCCUCGAUCACCUCCCUGCUCCUGCUCCUGCUGCACACUGCCCGCGCGCUACGAUCCAAUUCUUAUCCCGAUAUAUACCACGCCAGCCAGUGCAAGCAGUAGCUGGGCUUCUGCUAGCCCGGGCCGUGCGUGAGUCGUAGCCUGUAGUACCUGCAUUGCGCACAGGAUGCUGCAGGAGUUGGCGCUGUGCGCGUGCGGGCGGUUCUACGCCGGGGGCUGCGGCGGCCGGUGCGCGGGCGCCGCCGCGGCGUCGUCGGCCUUCUCGAUGCUGUUCCCCGUGGCGGUGGAACAGUGCUACUACAGCAAGGAGGAUGACAGGUCGCCGUACGUCGGCGGCGGGGCGGUGGACUGCACGCUGUCGCUCGGCACGCCGUCCACGCGCCGGGCCGAGGCGGGCGGGCGCGCGCGCGCAGCAGGCGGCGGCGGCGGCGGGGCGGCGCCGUCUUGCAAGGAGUCCGCCGACCGCGGGUCGCCGCCGGCCCGGCGGUGCGCCAACUGCGACACCACGUCGACGCCGCUCUGGCGGAACGGCCCGCGGGGACCCAAGUCGCUGUGCAACGCCUGCGGGAUCCGGUACAAGAAGGAAGAGCGGCGCGCCGCGGCGGCCGUAGCGCCAGCGCCGGCGCCACAGGACGGGUCGUACGCGUGCGGCGGCUACGCGAGGCAGCCGCCCCCGCCGCAGUGGGGAUGCUACGGCCCGGUCGCCGCGGCGAAGUCGGCGUCCUUCGGGAUGUACGGCGGCGGCGACGUCGUCGACGCGGCGGCCGACGGGCCCUGCCUGUCGUGGAUGCUCAACGUGAUGCCGUCCUCGCCGGCGUUCGCCGUCCGGGAGAGGCCCACCCUGUUCCAGUACUACUAGCUAGAACUAGGCUACUGACAAGAGUAGUUUAGUAGUAACUUCUUCUUCUUUUACCAGCUUAAUCAGUUCAGCAAUGAGAUCACCACAAAGUUGUAUUGUACUGCUAAGUGCUAGGCGACCAACAUGCAAGAUUGGAAGUGAAGCCCGCGUGCCAAAUUACCUACCUGUUCUUUAGAUCUCGCCUGCGAUUUAACUAAAAGAACUUUUCACUGUUCGGUAAUCAUCACUAUUUGAUCCCAAAAGGUGAGUUGAUAUAGACGACGGCAGAGAUGUUUGCACACCUUCACGCAGCGUGAGGUCACUCCAACGAUCAAUCAUCACCUGCUCUGCAUGGCUGCUUGCAUUUUGGGACCCACGAAAGGAUCCUCCUUUUGAUUCAGUCUACUGUUUUCAACUCGAGUUGCCUC